UUUCCCUUCAGUCAACAUUCCUAUCUAACGUGAGACGUGAGUGCAUCAUAAUCUUGCGACGAUUCAAAAUUUUUAGAGAUCCUCGGAUUCGGCAGUGUUCCGGUGGACUAGGAGUUAUCAAGAUGAACGGAUGCUCAGCAAUUUUAAUGGUUUGGUACUUGUUAACGACAGCCAUUAAUCCAACACGAUCACUCGCAUCUCUUUCCACUCGUCUCAUCAUGGAAGUGAAACAUUUCGCCGAAGGUUCUACCGAACCUCCAUUACAACCCGGUAAUAUCUAUCUGUACAGCAUGAGAUUCUGUCCUUACGCUCAUCGAGCUCAUCUAGCUUUGAAUGCUAAAAAUGUAUCUUACGAACCGAUAUAUAUAAACUUGUCAUCGAAACCGAAGUGGUAUUUGGAUAAAUUUCCAGCUGGUCGAGUUCCGGCUCUAUGGUACAAGAACGAAUUACUCUACGAGAGUUUACUUUUAGCUGAUUUUAUCAACGAAGAAUUCCCUGGUAAUGCUCUCUAUCCAUCCGAACCGGUUAAAAAACUCAAAGAUAGAAUGUUAAUCGAAAAAUUUAGCUCUGUUCCUAGUGCUUUUUAUAAAGUAGCUAUGGUCGAAUUCAAUACGGAAAAUUUCACUUCGUUGAUUAAUCAUCUGGUAGAAAUUGAAAAAGAAUUAGUAUCCAGAGGAACGAAGUACUUCGGAGGGGAUAAACCACUCAUGGUUGAUUAUAUGAUUUGGCCUUGGUUCGAACGACUAGACGUACUAAGCUAUUUAUACGGUUCCGAAGCUAAAAUACCGACUGAAAAAAUACCAAAUUUGGUAAAUUGGACUUCAUUAAUGAAGAAAGACGAAGCAGUUAAAAAACAUUUCGCUCCUGCCGAAGUACACGGUAAGCAUUUCAAACUCAGGAAGGAAAACAAUCCUGGAGCUUUUAACUUGGCUGUUUAAGGAUUCGCUGAUUCCAUUCAUGUCGUCCAAUAUACCGUUUUCUCCAAACCAGUACUUACCACAUGAUAUUAUUUUAUUACUAAUUUGAAAUUGUGCAUUGUUUUAUUAUUUUAGAUAUAUUAUAAAAUUGUAAAUACUCGAAGCUUUAUUCGCGCGGUAUACGAAAUAUAUAUACGAUUUUACAACUCUG